AAUGAGUUCGCUUGACGACGACUCCAACAACGUCACGUUCAGCCCCGAACUCUCGACCGGGUCCGUCACGUGCAAGACAACUUGGACGCUGCUGCUGUAUCUUACCUCGUCCGCUGAGGGCUGUGUGGGCGGCGAGACCGUCUUCUUUCCCAACGACCGCCGCUCCGCCAAGGAGGAGAUCCCGGUCGCCCUCGAAACGGGCAUGCUUCUCCUUCACAAGCAUGGGGAAGAUUGCAUGCUGCACGAGGGGCGCGAGGUCACGUCAGGCGAGAAGUGGGUGUUGAGGACGGAUCUAUGCGUCAGAAAGUGAGAGUGUUCUCUGUUGAUCUGCGCCAGGCAUCGCGCAACAUGGAUAGCCCUCCCCAUCGGCUGUCCCACCCUCUGCCCGUUCGGACGUGGAGACGGAUCACAGCACAUGGCCCAUGGCCCUCGAUUUCCCAUCCACUGUUCUGGUACGGUAACCGCUUUCUGUGGCAUAUGCCAAUUCGACGACCUACUGUGUUUUCAUCCCUACUCCACCCCUCUUUUUGAUCAGAUUUACUGCUGGAUCGUACCUAUGGAGGAAGGAAAAAGACAACGGAGUGGACUCGCAGCGCGUGCUGACCUCUGGGCUUCGCGCCGCACGCAUGCCGCACCCGAUCAGGUUGCCCGUUCGGUCAACGAUCUAGACAGGAACCACAAGGAGAAAGAGGGGUUCAGCAGAUGAGAUUCUGCAAGAGGGGGUUGAUGAGUUUCAGGUCCACCCUCUCCUCCCCUCCUUCUUUUUCCAUCGCAAUUCAAAUC